GCCAGUCAGCAACCAGCUGCACUCUCACGUAUUACACGGCAUCCAGAUAUUCUUUUUUGCCCUAUGCUACGACGUUCACUCAGGAAGCCCUGAAAAUAUGGGCCGCCAGGCGUAUCUGACAAAAAUCGCUCUGGGACGGUCGGCCUUUGAGCCGCCGCAAACCACCGCCUCGACCUCAGAAUGCGUAGAGCUCGCUUCAGCACAGCAAGAGCGUGCGCAUGAACAUGGUCGGCGCCUCAGAGAAGCGCAAAAUGACGUCUUGGCGUCCAUCGGUGUCGUCGAGAGGCGUCGCUCUCCCUCGCAGGGCCUCCCUAGUUCUUACGAGGAACGAUUACGCGCAUUAGAGGACGAGGACACUGCCGGCCAUUCUCUCGCAAUCACGUCUACUUUGUCAGAGAACCUGUGCACUUGGUGGGUUGGAUCCUUGAGGGAAAGGCUCUUAACAUUCCGCUAUCCCCAUCUUCAUUCUUUCUCAAGCAUAGUUGCUUCGGAGCAAGCACUCUCUGGGAAAACCCUGAUAUAUAGUGGCUUUCCAUCUCGUCUCCUUUCGCAGCUAUGCGCUCAGAGCACCGUCUAUGCUGCACACGUGCUAAGACCUGUCCAUCGACUUGUUAUGCAGCAUCGCAGCGUCAGAAUUAGAUAUGUUUACCGCCGGUGGAGGUCGGUUUUGAAUACAGCCUUCCGGUUAUCCCUCGAGUUGCUGUUCUAUCCAUUCUCUUACCACUCUUACCUGCAACGCAUUGGUCUGGUAUCAGCAAGGCCGUUAUUACCGCCUUUACGGUCGUUUCUACCGUUCUCCAGGCAGUCGCCGUUGCUGCCGUUUUCAGUCAACUACAGCGCACUUGCAUCACCCAUGGAGUUUCUUUUAGCAUUCGCAACUUCUCCUUUUGUUUUCGUCUGCUUGGAGCAUCUAUUAGAGUGCUGGGUUUACGCAAUCAUCAAUGCGCCUAUUCAGGCAACGAUCCUUCGUCCAAGUAACCCUGACAUGAUUAGUUCAGAGGAGGGUAACAGAGAGCGGACUACUUCCAUUUUGGGCUUGCGCAAACAAUCACCAAUAAUCGUGGGGGACACAAUCGCCAGGUUUAUCAGGUUCAUUGGCUGGGGAAACGUGGAUGUCACGGCAUCACAGUCAAUCUCGAUCUCGUCCCAAGCCCAUGGCUUGCAGAACAGCAACGCCAUUGAAGUUGGAGGACGACGAGCAAGCAACGUCAGCAGACUCCAGGUACCGGGUAUGCUCCAAGGUCGUUUGAUGGAGACUCCUGAAGGACCUGGAACCAACACUGUCCCUAUGAGCGACCUGAACGAAGUAUUGCCGUUCUCACCAUUCCCUUCGCCUCCGCUGUCGCCCACUGCCUCACAGACCAGCCAUAACGAUUCAGACCCGAGGAUCAGGAUAACCACUCGCGGGGACUUGGUUGAGAUGGAAGUGCGCCUACCGCCGCAGGUUAUUUCAUCUCAUACCGAGAUCGCAGGGUCUGGCCCAUCAACCCCAGUCCCACGAGACAUUGCAUCACCGACGCCCACGAGAUCACCAGGCUUGUCGCCGUAUCACCGAGUCACACAGCUCUCCUCGGAACCCUCUGCAAUGAUUGGCUCUAUUUGUAAGGCUCAGAUCGUCAGUCUGGUUUCUUUGCCACUCAAGCUGGUCACUCUCAGAUUAGUCGCGUCGCAUUAUCUUACCAGUCGAGAGGAAUUCGCUGGCUCGCGGAGUGUCCUUGGUGCUUUUGUUCUGCCCAGCGAGGUCAACUGGAAAUCCACCGGUGUUCUCUUGUCUCGCGUGGCACUUUGUGGAACACUGGAAUUAGCUAUCGAUCUUUCCCUUUGGGGCUGCCAAUACUGGACGGUCCUGUGGCUGGGCACAAGAGUUUUUGACUGGGGGACUCUCUAGAUGUUGUAUACAAGAUACGGUACAACGAGCAGCAUGUCUUGGAUGCCGUCGCCUGCUAGAUGAGGCGCCACUAUGGAAGAAACUGCUUCACUUGGUACCGAUGUUACGUCUACAUUAUCUGCAACCAGACCAUCGGAAUUACAUUGUCUUGUCUGGUUAGUCAACAGUCGUAGAGUACCCGGCGGUAGGGGCCAUAGCGCUGGACUUGGAUACAUUAGGAAGCGUUAGGAGCACUCGAGGCCCUCUGCAUCUAUACCGCACGAAAAUGCGCUUUCCACCGUCGUGCAGUGGCGUUGACAGCUAGUGAACGCCAUGACAGAUGGAGACGAUGACGGAGGGAUUGACGUGCACUGUGCAGCACUGAGAUCCACCAUGAUCGCGUUGGAGAGCACUGUCGAUGCCUCUUGAUCUGCGGAGCCGAGGUAUGCGUUGCGCAAUACUCGCGUAGCAAGUGUUUGAAUAGUGUAGCGCAAUAUAGCAG